UCAUACACCAGCCUCCCGAGACAUCACAUCACGAGACAGAUCUCGUUGUGCGAUCUAUCAUAGUCGUGUUCUAUUAAGCGUAUCAAUUUUUUUAGAAACAGUAAAGCUUGACACCCGCUCAAUUAAUUUCCCGAUUUUUUUUUAAUUUCACCCCCGAUUUCUCGGCAAUUUCUCAACGAUUGUUGUAACCAUAAUUUUUAUUAUUUGUUGCCAUCAACGCUUCUUCACAUGGGUAAUUUGUUCUCCAUUGAGAGCUGUUCGUUUUUCGUUGAGACAAUUGGAGUGAAACUUUGGGAAAGACCCAGUGAAACUUGUGACUCCUGACUGAAAAACUUCAACAAGUGCCGAUGUUUGAAUUUUCAUGUUUUUUUAAUUUUACUGACAUUUUUUUAAUGCCAAACUUUUAUUAGGCGUUUUGUUUAUAUUGCCUAUUUAUUUACUGAGGAAGCUUUCACGUAAUUGGAUUUAUUUAUCGUACGGUCUCGUUCCUCCGCUGUUUACUUUGAACUUGUAAAAAUUGAGUGAAAUUUUGAAAAAUAAAAAUUCUGAUGUUAUUCUAAGUUUGAAGCAUAUGGUGUGUCUCCAACUUUCGUUAUUUGUUUGUAAAGUUGUUGACAUUAUUGUUUUCAAUCUCCGUAACGUUUUUUCCUUCAGCUUCGAAAAUAACUUGAACUUUUGAAAAAUACCGAGUGGAAGUUGUGCGAAACUCGUGACUGAUCUCUUGAGUUCUUUUUCUGUUGAAUUAACCGAAUAAAAAAAAAAUCAACAAGUGCUGAUGUUCUGUGAAAUAUACCAACCAUAAACUUUAAUCGUAAAUUGCCCGAGUUUUUUCAAAGUGGUGAAUAGGGUGGAUAGUGGGGUUGAGUGACAGUGGGAUAACGGUAAUGGGAGUAAAGGAGAAGAAGAAGAAAAAACAAGAAAAUCGUCAACUGUCGAGUGAGGUGGUGGGGGCGAGCCCUCAACUUUAAGAUUAAUUAAGUCGUGCCAAUUAGUUUCAGCUGGGAAUGGAUUUGACCAGUACGCUAAACCAAGAAGUUUAAAAUUUUCGUGGAAUAAAUUCAACUGGAGCGAUAUCAACGAGAGCUUAAUUUCCCAAUCAACAAAGUUUUUAUUAAUUGAAACAUCAUGUUCUGAGGAAUUAUCAAGCACAUAUUGUGAUGAGUAUUUAGUGACAGACAAUUGUCGGACUGAAAUGGAACUUCAACUACUUGGACUAUGCAUUCUCACCUUCAUAGCAACAGGGGAAUCCGUGAAGAUUGUCCAACUAAAUAUGCCGACAGUAGUGGAUCCACGACAAGAAAAAGUAACGUUACGUUGUGACUACGAGUUGAGCUCUGGUGAGACACUUUACCAGGUCAGGUGGUACAAAGACGGUAACGAGUUCUUCAGAUAUGGACCAACAUUCAACCCUCCGGGUGAAGCCUUUAAUGUGACUGGGGUACGAGUUAGCAGAGAGGACAGUAACGACAGAGUUGUUGUACUGUUUCAACGUACCAAUAUGCAAUUAAAAUUGGAAACGGCUGCGGGAAUUGGAGGUACAUACGCCUGUGAAGUGAUGGCAGACCGUCCAUCAUUUGACACAAAGUACGAUCUGGGAAAUUUAACUGUUGCCGUACUACCACAGCAAAAUCCAGCCCUCGGGGGCCUUCGUUCUCAUUACCAACUUGGGGAUGUACUCGACGCUGAAUGCACAUCGGCGCCCAGUUAUCCAACCGCUGAGCUAACUUUUUAUCUCAACGAUAUUCAGGUGAAAAAAGCACUGACAAGACAACUUCCAGAUUCGGGGCGCGUCGAUGGCAACGUCGUUUCGACAACUCGCCUCGGCUUGUCACUGGCACUACAGCGGCAAUACUUUAACGCAUCUGGCAGCCUGAGUCUCACGUGCAGAUCAAUCUUACCGGGUGUACCAGGUGCAUUACACCGUGAUACUAAGGUCGUCGUAUCACUCAGAGCUAACAAUGAAAAACUCGCUCAAGAGGCACCAACAGAUUCCACCGCUCAUGUAUCAAUUGUUAAUUCAUUACUUCUUUUUACCGUUGCAUUGGCAAUCAUACGUUGACGACAUUUCCUUUCGCUGAUUGGAAAGUCAUUGUACUACGGUUUAUCCUUUCCCAAAAAUUUCACCAAAAUUUUCAGGUGAUUAAAUUCAGAAGUUCAGUUUUUCGGAGGAACUACCUUAGCUCAUAAUUUAUUUCGGCUCUUGGGUUCACUGAGUGUAUUAGAAAAAAAUGUAUUCACCAAUGCAAACUUCCAGUGAUUAUCCGUUAAUGCUCUUACAAUUUAUUAGCAACUCGCAUAUACGGUAGAUAAUCCUAUUCAUCAGGGUCACAAAUAAUAAAUACAUCAUGGUUCAGCUACUUUGAACAUCGCACAAAGCUCCCACACUGAUUAAUCUCUUUAUCACUACAAUGAGUUGGCCGAACUCUAAAUACUUCAAUCUGCAUUAUGAUCCCCAUACACCAUAAACGUGUCAUAUUGUUUUUAAUAAAAAUCGGAGGGAACAUAAUUUCGAGAAGAUUUACCCUCUUCAUUGGAGGGAGACGUAAAAAACGUCCGUAAUACCGGAAAAUGAAAUGGUCGGUUUUUUUUUUCAUGAAAAAGGAGAAACUCAAAGUUCUCCGAGUCCUCUGCUCCCAGUUGAAUCCGACGGAUUCAACCUUUUACGGCUUCUGGAUUUGCAGAUAGCCUACGUUGCCAAAUUGAAAUUGACACACUGAGCAUUCGUUGCUCAUGCGCAUUCAGGUAUUCCUGUAAUUACAAUUUAUCCUCUUCUUUUCAUGAGAUCACUCGGUGCAUUAGGCUAUUUCUAUCUCAUUAACCGGAAUUUCAUUAUCAUCAACCUUUAUUGAACAAUCUGUAUCAUUCUCGUUAACUAAUUACUUGGGUAAAUGAAACUGACGGUUGUCGGUGGGUGUUGUGUGGAGGAAAAUUGAACCGGAAAUUUAUUCAUAUUUCAUCCAUUAUUCAUUGAAGUUUGAUAAUUAUUCAUUUUUAGAGGCUGAAAAUUGGGCCGUUCCACGACGAUUUUUUCCAUGUUUACAAAUAGCAAUAGCAUAAAGACCCUUUGGGUAUUUUGCAGUAUAUUUACUGGUCAGUAAUAUCUAUCUAAAGAUGUCUCCCUAAGACAUGCUGAUGCUGAAGGGAUUUUUGCGUAGUUAAUGAACGUUCUUCACCCAAAAUUUUUUUCUCGGUCAUUUUUUCACAGACCCCCUUUAUUUCAAUAAAAAUAUUUAAUUAAGAGCGUUAAUUAGCAUACAUCGGAUAUAAAAUACUCGAAACAAGUAAAAUUAAUCGAAUAAGCAGUUUCCCGAGCGCAUACGUGACAAUGCAAAUGAAACAUUUAAAAUUGAACAAACUUCACUGGCAAUUUUUACCGCGAAAAAACAACAUUUUCAAAUUAUCUCUUUGAGGUAAUGUAGAAUUGCUUAAAAUGCAGGAUAAAAGGGAGACUUGCUGUUAUAAUCCAUGCAUAUGCAUGAGAAAUGUAAUUAUGUACAAUCGUGAAAGGGAAGAACGCAUAGGGGUACACUGAGGUGAGAGGGAUAGGGGGUGGAUGGGAAUGGAUGAAGGGAUAGAAUGGGAAAUAUACAUAUUGAAAGGUGUGAGUUAGCCCAGAAGGCGGUAUGUAGAGACAUGUAUGUAUCAAAGCAGUGUACAUAGUGCUUUAGCUGUUGGAAUAUGGGGGAAUACCAGUUGGCAGCCAGUGGAAUUGUUAGCCUCUGGCUGUUUAACUCUGUAGCCCAUGUGCACACCACUACCUAUUCAACCAAGGGGGGCCCUCUUGACUCACUCGACUGGACUUCUAACUUGCCCAAGGCUCAGCUCACAAAGCGGUAUUGCUGUUUGGGUAUUCCGAAUACUGUGAAAAAUAUUCGCUAUCCAAUUGUGCACAACUGUGGCUGCUGGAGAGAAAUUUUUUAAAAAUAUUCUAGUGCCAACACGCGCUGGUAAAUGUUCCGUUGAAAUUGUGCAACAUUUUGGAGGCCUUUCCCGACACACUAGGCCUUUAUAUUAGAAAAUCCUGAGUGAUUAACAAUUUUUUAAAGCUGAUGAGUUAUGUGUUCGUUCAAUUUUCUACUCAAUAGCUGAUUUUUACGAGGCACAUUUUUUUAUCGGUUUUUAUUUCGCGGAUCACGUUUCGGGACGUAAUUGUUAGGUUUUUUUUUGAAUUUUUAUUGAAUUUUUCCGCUACGGGUGGUGCCAAAAAUCACAAUCAACAGGCAUUUCUGGGGAUUUCGAUGACGUCCUCACAAAAAUGCAGAGGAGAAUUCAUGUUUCUGCAAUAAAAUUCUCAGUGGCAGUGAUCGCCAUUUUGACGCCCUUUCUAUUAUGGUCCUAGAAUUCCUCUAAAAAAAUUCUCUCUGCGUAUAUUCACCGAUGAUUUUUACCGGCUAUUCUAGGUCUUAGUAAGUACAAAUUUUUUAAUAAUUGAGUUCUUCUUUGGAAAGUUUUUCACGUAAUUUUGAAAAUUUUCGGAGUAAUCUUUAUUGUGUACAUAAUCAAUGUAAUCAAUUCUGUUGAAUAAAUUUUUAGUUAAUAAAGAA